AUGUCCUUUCUUCCUAACCAUGAGUAUUCCUCAAUCACUAGGUUUGUGAAAUUGGGAGAUCAAAAGCGGGCUCUUGUGAGCAGGUUGUUGCAGUAUGCGCUGGUGCAUCAAGUGUUGGAAAUCCCUUUUGAUGAAAUUAUUAUUAGGCGCACUCCUGAGGGAAAACCCUAUUUGGUAUGUGAUGACAUGAAGUUAGCAUUUCCAAAUUUUAACUUCAAUGCAUCACAUCAUGGUGAUUUUGUUGCAAUAGCAUCUGAACCUAUAUGCCUUGUGGGGUUGGAUAUUGUUUCUCAUUCAGUUCCUAAGAAUGAAACAGCUCAUGAGUUCAUUCAGAACUUCUCUUCAUACUUCUCCAGUUCAGAAUGGUAUCACAUUAUGCAUGCUGGCUCUUCUGAUGAAAUGCUGCAUAUCUUUUACAGAUAUUGGUGUCUUAAGGAAGCUUUUGUGAAGGCAAUGGGUACUGGUGUAGGUUACAAGUUGGAUGAUGUUGAAUUUCAUCACACGAACUGGAACAAUAUAUUUGUCAAGGUUGCUGGAAAGGAGUUGAAAGAUUGGAAAUUUUGGCUUCUAGAUCUGGGACAAAAUCACUCGGUUUGUAUAGCUAGAGGCCACCCGAGGACUGCCACUACGAGCUACAGAACAACGCUAAAACGAAUUGAAUUUGAUGACAAGGAAUACUAUAAUGGCUUCCAUCUUCCAAAUGCAAGUUUUACAUUUCGGACAGUGGAGGAUCUUUUACAGGUAAUACAUGGAGCAGAUCGGGUACCCUUUGAUAUAUCGACAAAAUGUGAUGUUUCCGAAGACGAAGGCAGCGAGGGGGCUAGGUUUGUGCAGCAGUGA